GCGGAGGAUGAACUCUCCAGUCGAAUAUUACCAACAGCAGACCCUUGUCGGCGCUACAGACCAACAGGCUCCAGAAAGGGAACUGUUCGAUCUGAGGCAACGGAUUCAGAUCAGAGAUCGCACUAUCGACGAGCAGAAGAGUGAAAUCGAUCAACUUCGAAAGAUGAAGACGAGCUUCGGUUCAGCACUUAAUCACUUUGGACGCAUGAUUUUCGAUGCUGUAGACAGCUCGGCUUCUGCCGAACACAAGGAAUUGAAACAAAGACACCAGGAUCUCCAGGUUCGUCUGAGUGAGGCUGAAAAGGAGUUGGUCGAGGUCAAACAAAUGUAUCUCAGAACGGCUCAGUCUCUUCGCCAUGUCCAGGAAAGGGCUUUUCAACUGCAGGACCAACAAGACUGGGCUCCAGACUCCCAUGAAGCGGUCUGUCGGGAGCUGAAUAAACUAUAUGCAGAUGCCCACAAGUGGUGCAAGGUAUAUUCACACCAAGCAUGUUCUAUUCUUAAGACAAAGCCAGAGGAGUGGCCUGCUGAAUGCAAAGAUGUGGUCCGCUACGAUGAAAAAGCCUUCUCAAAGAAUGCACGACAUUUGCCGUCUCUCGUUUUGGAAGCCCUUCUUAUGGAUUGUAUCUACAAGAGAAUCUUUGCCAAACCGCUCUUCUUUCUGCCACGGAGGCUGAAUGGUCAUCUCUUGGAGGAAACGGAGAAUUGGAAUGAUUAUGCUACUACAGCUCUAAGACAUGAGCCACACCUGUCCCUCGAAGAGAUGUUAGACGAGGUCAUCCAGGGUGACUUAGAGGGAGGCCAGGCCUGGAGAUCCCAAUGGCUGAGACUACUCAACCCUAAACACCGCGAUGACAAAAAGGAUUUGACGCGACUUGAGGCAACCAAAGUGCGGAGUGCCACGGCUCGCAAAGAGGCGGCUAUGGAUAUUAUGCAAGGCUUCAUAGAUACCGUUACUGGGCAUUUGAUCAGCCCCUUGGCUACUGAUGGAGUAGCCUUUACGUCAUUAGCCAACAUUUUCAUCACUGCAGCCGAAACGUCAAACAAGCUCUGGCUGCGGAAGAGCUACAUUGAGGUCCGGACGAUGGAAACCCUUUCGCCGACUUUCGUGCAUGAUAUGGAACUUCUCAAAGCCCAUAGACUACACAAUCGAGUUCUCGAUGAUGACCCAACUGCAUUGGAUGGGGCGCCUAUUCAUAUCGUCACUCAACCAGCAGUUCUCGUGCAUGGUCUGAGCGAUGGGACUGAUUACAGCCAAACUUGGCUUUGGAAAGCUGCGGUGGUAUGGAUGGGGUGAAGGCACUCUAUCAUACACAAGGAUGUAUCAAAUGGAAUGUCAAAUGGAUGCUUAUUGUCGAGUUGAUAAGCUAUUUUAUUCUCUCCAUGACCUUCUUACUGUCUUGAUUAAAAAAGAAAACACCGAUAGGGC